ACAUCUUAAUAUUUCCGACUUUAGGGCGAGUCAGUGAAAGCAUCUCGCCAACCACUGCUGUUUGCGUUUCAGUCGCAGUCCGCUGAGAAAGAGGGGAGCUGUUGUCAUCUGGCCGGUUGUUGUGUCGACCCUUUGUCCAGGUGAAAUGGCCGGGAUUAAAGCGCUCAUCACACUGUCCUUUGGAGGGGCCAUCGGCCUCAUGUUCCUCAUGCUGGGAUGUGCCCUGCCUGUGUAUGACAAAUACUGGCCGCUGUUCCUCCUCUUCUUCUACAUCCUCUCGCCCAUCCCAUACUGCAUCUCACGGCGGGUGGUCGACGAGACUGACUCCGCCAGCAACGCCUGCAAAGAGCUGGCCAUCUUCCUCACGACGGGCAUCGUCAUCUCAGCCUUCGGCCUGCCCAUCGUCUUCGCCAGAGCUGAAGUGAUCGCCUGGGGGGCAUGUGCGCUCGUGCUGACAGGCAACAUCGUCAUCUUCGGGACCAUCCUGGGCUUUUUCCUGGUGUUCGGGUCCAAUGACGACUUCAGCUGGCAACAGUGGUAAAACAGCAGAGGGGAGGAACGGAGGGCGGGUUGGUUGAGUUUUUAUUGUUAGCGUUAUUGUUAUUAUAAUUUGGUCCUCGUUAUUAUUUAUAUGAUGGCUGCCCAUCUGUAGACUCACUCCAGACUCUGUGCAAUAUUUACUUGUCUUUUAACCGCCUGCUUCAUGUUGAACUGGCACGGGGGGGUGUAACAUGCUGACUUCCUCAUUUCCCGGGACUUUGUCUGACUUUAGUAUCUUUUACAUCCGAAUGUGCAUCUGCUGCUGCCAUAUUUUCAGUGUAAGCGAGUAGUGGUGUCACGAGACAGUCAGUUCCUGAGAUGAGACGAUACACGAGAUUGGAUGUACGAGAACAAGACGAGAUUUUAACAUUACUUUUAAGGAAAUUAAAAUGAAAAACGAUUCAAAUAUAUUGCAAUCUACUAAUUUCAUUUUUACGACGUUACUCUUCUGCACUCUGCGCGUACACUAGCGGCCCCGCCUCCAUCCACCGAGACAAAGAGACUGCCUGACUGACAAAAAGGCUCACUCUGUUCAUGCUGUUGUACUAUGGAACAAACACGCCAAAGCGUUGCAACCGAUGCACAGAGUGAUUUAUCUUCCAGUCUGGAGGCGGGAGACAAGGAAAACAGGUACGCAUGUAUAUGGCAACAUGUUGAAGCUGGUAAAAUUAUCCAUUUUCAUUUAUUGUGUGAUUAAUUACUUUUUUUAUCGUCCCAGGCCUACUGUCCAUGAGAUUUUUUCUGAAUGAGAAAUCUUGUCAUGUUUUAAUCUCGCAAGAUCUUGUAACUGGAGAUCUUGUGACACCCCUAUUAGCGAGCAAAUUCGCCAACAAUGAUGCCUGUGAAUACUGGAAAGAAUGCUUAAUAUCUGAACUUAAAGGGCAAUUACAGGGCAGCUUUCAUGCUUUUUGUGCACUCCAGUCCACCAGGUAGCAGUAAAGUACCUCUAUGCUGGUUUGCCAACUGCUAACACACUGAAUAAUCAUCUAAUAACAGAAAGUAGAGAGGUGUGUGUGUGUUUAUUAAGGGUGGGAAUUAGGGAUGUCCCGAUCCGAUGUUAGGAUCAGGAUUUUGCAGCUCCUCUGUAUUUUGAAGAUCAGAUAUUGGCUUCCACCACGAGAUCGGCCCGUAACUAUGGGCCACACUCCAACACGGUAGGUGCGGUAAUGUGCCUCAAAGCUGGGUGCCAGUCGACUCCGCCACCCGCAAGGAGAAAAAAACGCAAAGUUAGUUUCACGUUGGACAUUCGGCUCCGUAGCUAUAGCGAUAGUUCCCCCUGGUGCGGGGAGAUUGUAUAGGAAGUGCCGCUGUAACGGCUGGUUGUUUAGACUCGGACCGUCAAAAAAUUCCUAAUGGAUUGAAGAAAGUAGCCCAAGAUUUCAGCGUUAAUGGAAUCGCGGAAUUCACCAACAAAAACAGAAUCUACUGUAAACGUGGAAUCUCACGGAAAGUGACACGUGAAUGAAAUGACGUCAUCGUGAGAAGAGGGAAACUUUGUGAAGGGAUUGGCAGACUGCUCAAUCAUGGCGGAAUCUCAUCACAAACACUACUAAACGUGUGUUCUGAGUGAAAAAAGAUAAGGGACACGUUUAUUCCUGCACCCAGCUUGGAGCAAACAUCAAUUGCCAUUAUCGACACACACAACACACUUCUGGCCUUCAAAAUAAGAGCGCUCAUUGUCACAUUUGUCUAAUUGUGUAAACAAAAUAAGGGUGUUAUAAAAAUGUCUUGCAUUAAUAACGUGAUUGGAAUUACAUCUGUGACUCCAUCUUCCUUAAUCACAAGCACGGGCAUUACAGUUUGUUGAAGAUUUUGUAGCAAUAUGUGCUGAGGUUGACAUUCCAUUAGAAAAGUUAGCCAAGCUGCGUCCAUUUCUUCAUUACUGGACAAAAUGGGCCAAUGAUGUAUUGCAUCAAUAAAUGGAAGGAUUUUUGCAUUUCAUUAAUGGACAUUUUAUUCACUAACCCAAAUAGCACACACUAUGCUGUUAAAAUAAGUGGAAAAGGUAAAAAUGGAAUUCUAAAAAGUUAAAAUGGAAAAAAAUGGAAUUUGGGAAAAAAUAAAACGGAUUGAUAGGGCCUUAAGAGAGUUUGUUUAAAAAAACCAAUAAGAAAAAAACAAGUCAUUCUAAAUCACACCAUAAAUUGAUCUAUAACCACGUCAAAUGAUUAGGCCUACCCUAGAAGUAUUUUGCAUGCCCGUUUUUUUCCAAUUUUAUCUUUUAUUGGAUGGACUUUUAUUGGAUUAGGGACCUGACUCACGUUUGUUACAAAAGCCAAACAAUAUUGUUGGUCAUGCUGUGUAAUAAAAAAGUAAAUUCAACAAUACUUUGUUUGCAUUAUUUUUUUAAUGCUUUUGAAGAGGUAUUUUCAUAGCCAUAUUCAAUUUUCAAAUUCAUGUUUGUAACUAAAGCUUAAUUAAAAAAAUACAUUUUUUAAAAUACAUUACAAUUACAAUACAUUUUAAAAGGGAUCGGAUCGGCAAGACUAUUAAAAAAAUUGGGUCGAAUCGGAAGCCAAAAAAUGUGGAUCGGAACAUCCCUAGUGGGGGUAACGUAGUGAGUAACGUACAAUAUGAUAUCAUUGUGAUAUUUUGCCAACAUUAACGAUAAUAUCAUGAUACAGCAAGUAUGAGAUAAUUGAUACUUUGUAUAUGAACCACCUAACACACACACACACACACACACACAAUAUGUAAGCGAAGAAUGAAAAACUUGCUGCAAACUUGGAAUACAAAAAAAGACGUAAAUGAAGUAAUUUAUCCCAGCAAAACAUUUUUUUGUCACAGUAUUUCCAAAAUAAUAGAUGAGAUGGACCCCUGGCCCAUUUUGUGAUAUGCUUCUCAUCAAUACUACAGUAAAAAUGCAAAACAGCACAGUCAAAUCCUCACUCAUCUCCGUAUGUUUUAUGUUUGUGUUCUUCCAGACAUCAGUGAAGGCACUGAUUGUGAUAAAAAGCACUGUAAUGAAGGCAGGUCUGUGAAAACAAUGGACGUGAUGUGUCGUGUAACACUAUACUAACACUAUACACUCUGGUUGCAAACCUUUUCAAAACUAACAACUUCAAGUCCAACAUGUCGAACGUGGGAAUAUUUGUUGUGUAGCUGUCGGAUGGGCCUCUGUGUGCGUGUUGCCGUUUAGCAGGUUCCUCCCACACAUGUUGUAUUUAUUUAUUAUUCGAUUGGUCACACCUCAUGUUCAUGUUCUAUAUAUCUUUCUUUUUUUUUUUUUGGAAGCAGAAUUCAGCAUGGUGGAGUUUCUUUUUUAAAAAUAAACGCAUUUUUGGAA